AUGGAUGACAUUGAAUUGAGUCGAGCGGAAGUUGGCGAUUUGAUUUUUCUCGCUAAAUUCGUGACAUCGUCCUUGUUCGAACAAGCGGUAUUCGACUGUGCUUCGUCGCCAUUCUAUCAUGUAGCGAUUAUUGCAAACGAUAGACGGAUUGUCCACGCUUUGCCUUGUGGAGUCCUAUGUCAGUCGUUCGGCGACUUUCUUACUGAAUGCGAACCGCAUUGUACGGAAAUUUUACACGUUAAGGUUUCAGAAGAACUUAAAAUCCGAGCGGCCAAUUUUUCAGAGAGCAAGACAGGCCUACCGUAUAAUGACAUAUUCUCGCCAGACUGUGUAAAUAGUGUUGGAGAAGAGUCCUAUUACUGCAGUCAGUUAAUCACUGAAGCCUAUAGAGGUGUAAUCAAGUUUCCUGAGCAUAAAUUGAACUUUCGCAAAAAGGAUGGCCAAUUUAUAGAAUUUUGGGAACAAUACUAUGAAGCUAGGAAACGUAGGAUUCCACAAGAUGAGCCUGGAUCACAUCCUGCAUCAAUUCGUAGGGCACCCGAACUCGCCAUGCGACUUAUCAGGAACCUUCAACAGCAAGUACUCAAAGUGAAUGAUAUUACUAACGCGUUACAUUUUAUUGGUGGAGCAGCGGUGAAUUUCACUACUGGACAGAAAUUCGAAGUCGUCGAACCGAGAAGCGGUAGGCGUAAUUUGAUUUUCCGUUCUAAAGUUGAUGACUGCCAUAACGCUACAGCGAACGAGGUGUCGCGCGCAGUCGAGACGGCUCAUGAAGCGCGACAGAACUGGUCGAGAAUGGGAUGGUUGGAACGUGGAAACGUAUUGAAGAGGGUUGCUGAGACAAUAAGGAAAAAUUUGGAGGAAAUUUCUCGAUGGGAAUGUCUAGACAGUGGCAAACCUAUCUAUGAAGCACGAUUAGAUGUGCUGAGCUGCGUUGACACGUUUAACUACUAUGCUGGUGCAGGUCAAGCUCUAGUUGGUGAACAUAUUCCGCUUGAUCAAGAUCGCUUUGCAUUCACGAAACGCGAACCGCUUGGUGUUGUAGGAUGUAUAGGUGCUUGGAAUUACCCGAUACAGACGUGUACAUGGAAAAUUGCACCAGCAUUGGCUUGCGGCAACUCUGUGGUCUAUAAACCAAGUCCUUUGUCACCUGUGUCUGCUGUAAUUCUGGCGAAAGUUUUACAAUUGUCUGGAUUACCAGAUGGCGUUUUUAAUAUUGUUCAGGGACAUGCCGAAACCGGCACAGCACUCAUUCAGCAUCCCCUUGUAAAAAAGAUCUCCUUUACCGGAAGUAUUUCAACAGGUCGAAAAAUAAUGCAGGGUUGUGCAGUUAGAAAUAUUAAACCUGUCACAUUAGAAUUAGGCGGGAAGUCUUCGCUUAUUAUAUUUGAAGAUGCCGACAUCCAGUCAGCGGUGUCAGGUGCAAUGAUGGCAAAUUUUUUUAGCCAAGGACAGGUCUGCACAAACGCAAGUAAGGUGCUCGUCCAUCGUUCAAUGGUAGAAGAGUUUGUGGCAUCACUCCGUGAAAAGACAUGUGCGAUGCGUGUAGGAGAUCCAUUGGAUGAAACUACCAGAGUCGGUGCCCAUAUAUCGCGCAAACACAUGGAAACCGUGAAAAAAUACAUCGAUGAUGCUGUAUCUGCUGGUGCACGUUUGGUUUGCGGUGGUGAAAUGGUGUCGGUUGCCGGACUUGAAAACGGUUUCUAUCUCUCGCCCUGUGUUCUCUCUGACAUCCGCAAAGACAUGGCUGUUUACCGCGAGGAGAUUUUUGGAGCCGUACUUCUAGUGAUACCUUUCGAUAGCGAAGAUGAGGCAGUAAGUAUUGCUAAUGAUACUACAAUGGGUCUUGCUGCGGGACUUUUCACCAAGUGA